AUGAGCAAGACGCUUACAUUUCCGAUUUCCACUACCAUAAUCGAUUUGACCGAAGAUUCGACCCCUCCUCCCACACCACCCCCCGUUCCUGCAUCCACCAAGCGGGCGGACCAGGCGCGUGCGGAACCGCCUCUGAAGCGGCAACGCGUCGACACUGGUCAGCUUCCAACCAGAGAUCUGAAGCUGUGUUUAAAAGAACAGGUCUUGCCACACGUCAGCCUAUCCAUCCAGAAGCUAGAUGCGUCCCAGUACAAGGUCAACGACAUCGCGCAGCAGAUUAUCAUCACCAUAGCCAAGAGUGCUCUUUUUCGACGACGAUUAGACGAGACUAGAGGGUAUCUCGCUUACGAAGAUGAGGCGGAGCUGGCGCAGCAGGCUUCGCUGCUCGUCCAGAAGCUAUGUCGCGAGUUGAGAUACCAGGUCCCUCCUCCGAGUUCUUUGCUCAAUACCGAAAGACUAUUGCCUACAGCUCAUGCAGAAAGCCCCCCGAAAGAGGCCACGCCUGUAACCAACCAACCAGUCACUGCCACAAGCCGGCCGUCUGCGCACCGAUUUCAAAGAAGGGAGCGGCACGAAUUCAAACCGUUAGAAAGAAGCAAUCAAAGUACUUCUUCAGCCCCAAAACCAUCCGAUAACUUAUGGUUCCAAAUCAAAGAUCGACCGUACCGAACCGCAGGCGAGAGAGAACUGAUACAAAGAGGUAUCUCAAGCGGCCAGUCACUUGAUACACCUGUGGACGAACCAAUCGUCUACCAUGUUGAUUUCAGCCCUGAUGAGAUCGCACUCAUCAUCAAAUCUGUCAACUCCAUCUUACAUACACCACUUCCCCCCACGCUAAAAUCAUUAGAAAUACUCUUAGGAGAAGAAUGUCCAAUCCUCAAUUUGCUCAAAGAGGGACUUCCCGGCCGGACGAAUGAAGACAUUCGCAACUUUUGCUCCGACAUAAUUGCUGGAAAGACCUCAGUAGUCCCUCAAUUGCUUUCGACUGCACAGAAACAAAGUGAGAAACCUAGACAGCAGCCAUCCUCCCAGCGGCUGAGCAAGAUGGCUUCUUUACUCUUCGCUCGUGAGCUUGAGGGUGACAUGGGAUUUGGACGGACCCGAACAUAUAUGAACUUCCAAAACGAGGCCAAAAUCUUAAUAGAGGACGAGUUUGAUCAGAUUGCUGAAUUCACCAACUGUGCAGGCGACAUCACUACGAUAUCGUGGGUUUCUGAUGGGGGGUUGAUAUGUGGUACAACCGUCCACUCCGAUCCCCACAACCAGCAAUACAACAAGCCGGGAAAUCUUUUGAUCUGCUCCGUUGGGAAGGGAACCCUACGUGCGUUUCCCGAUCACCGGAUCCCUCGGCCCCUUAUCAAGGAAGGACAGAAUUCAACCCGAGAAAUGAGACGAAGCCAAGAUCCCUGGCUAUAUUGCUCUGUAGUAUCCUCAGAUUUUGACCCGAUCCAUCGAAGAGCAUACACCUCGAGCUUUGACAAUACAGUCAAGGUAUGGAGCACCGAUGCAGAGGGGAACCAUAUGGAGUGUAUUGCUACCUGGCACCAUGAAGGAAACGUGAACUUUGUCGCCGCGGCCAAGGAUGGCUCAGGCCGGGUAGCCACGGCUGCAGACGUUCCGUCUCACGCUGUUCGCGUGUAUACCGUCAAUCCAGACAACAUUGACCAGAGCCUUUACCAGUCGUUCUCUUGCUCCCGAGAAGAUGCCGGGGAUAAUACGAAGUGGGCAUAUUACCCAGCAACGAUGCAAUGGGGGAUAGCUGAUAAGGUCAAGCAUCUGCUCGGGGUUGGGUAUUCUCCCAGGAGCGUAACAGGCGAUGACUCCGAAAUCCCAGAAGACAAGAUGAACACUGGCGAAAUCAUGCUCUGGGAUGCGAAAGCAGGAUGGCGUCUGCCAGUGAUGUCGGCCAGCACAGCCAACGUGUUCGAAGUCGCGUGGCACCCCACUCUGCAGAGGUUUAUAGCUGCUACCUCUCCAUGUGGUCUUGCUACUGAGCCUAAAACCCGUACACAGAUUCAUCUAUUUCAGAGAGAUAGGGACAAGGAAGAGGUCGUUUACUCAGAGUAUCAGUCGCUUGAUUGCCCCGCUUCGGACAUUAACGAGCUUACGAUCAUGCCAAACAGCCUGUUACACGCCUACGUCACAGCCGCAUGCACCGACGGAAAAGUAUAUGUAUGGGAUACGGCGCAAUCCGACGACCCGAUCCACGUCCUUAAGCACGGCGUGUCCUUGGAAGGGUUCGAGCAGGAGUUCAUUGAAACACUCGAUACCGGCGUGAAGUUUACCGCUUGGGGGACCACCGCAGAUCGGUUCUAUACCGGUGCGAGUGACGGCGUGGUGAGAGUUUGGAAUAUUCGCAACCGCAACCAGCCGUAUGUGCGAACCCUUCUUGAAGCCCCGGGACCUAUAGCAAGUGGAGCAUUCUCACCCGAUAUGUCCAAGCUGGCAAUCGGAGACGCCAGUGGUCGUUUGUAUUUGUUCUCACGUGAUGAAACCGAUGCCCCUGAGGCUCAUUAUACCACUCUUCCUGGUAGGAAUACCAAGGUUCGACGCCCCAUGAUGUUUAUAUCCCACCCAGAACCGCCACCACCAGUACAGGAGCAUGUCUUGCCAUCAGACGAGCUCGAAGAAGGUGUUAAAGAAGACGACGACACUCAGCUGGGAAUUACCACCGCUCAGCAUUUCCUCAAUAGUGGGCAACUCGUACUAAGCGGCGACCCAACUAUAGGAGCCUCGCAGGGCCCUAAUUACCAAGACACGGGCUUGUUCCUGACGGAGGCCCAUGAGGAUCAGGACCCCAACCGCCCACUCCUAACCUCGUACGCUAGACAGCAGCAGGAAAGUUUAAGAUGGGACCGCGGCAUGAGGCGCAGGUCUCGCCCGCGCCUUCAGGAGCCCAUCACUGCUAGUGAAGCCCUCCAUACCACCCACAGGGUUAAUCUAUCUCUCGAUCCUCUUGGUUCGCUGGCCCAGGCUGAUAUUGACGAGCUACGUAAUGCCGGCGCUGUACUAGAACCAGAUUAUGGAUUUAUAUACCAAUCAGAUGACGAAUAG